AUGAAAAUAUUAUCUCACAAGACUGAUUGCAGUACGAGAUUCCCGAUCAAAGGUGAUGAGACGGUGUUCCUCCCCGAUGAACUUGUCACUGAAGUUCUUUCAUUUUCCGAUGUGAAGUUCCUUAUGCAAAUGAGAUGUGUAUGCAAGUCUUGGAAAUCUAUAAUUUCUGAUCCUAAAUUUGUGAAACUCCACCUUAAGCGAUCUGCAAGAAACCCUCACUUGACACUGUAUUUUAAUAAAUCGAUUAUUUAUCGAGGUUUCAAUGUUGUACCAUUCCCCGUUACUCGUUUAAGAGAGAACGCGGUCAUCUCCCUUCCCAAUGAUCCUCAUUAUGGAUUAAUGGAUAAUGACUGUAAAUAUGUUGUUGGUUCUUGUAAUGGAUUGCUCUGUUUGCUUGGUUAUUCUCCCCUUCAUGGAAAGAUGUGGUUCCAUUUGUGGAAUCCUGCAAUCCGUAAAAUGUCCCAAAAGCUGGGCUAUUUCUGGGACGGUGUUUUGGGUUUAUAUUUCAGUUUUAAGUUUGCGUUUGGUUAUGAUAACUCAUCGCAUACUUAUAAGGUUGUGAUGUUACUUCUGGAUGAAGCUGAAAACAGAACUCGUGCGCGAGUUUUAAAUUUGUGUGAUAAUGUCUGGAAACCUAUUCAAAAUUUUCCUGCAGUUCUUCUUCAUUUUUGUGAUACUAAACCUGGUGCGAAUGAUGGUGGUGUUUAUUUGAAUGGUAGUCUUAAUUGGUUGGCCCAUCCAAGUGAAUUUGGUUACAUUAAUUUUUAUGCUUGGAAGAAAAUGAAUGUUAAAAAAUUUGUGAUUGUUUCACUUGAUCUGGAAACAGAGACAUACACAAAGUUGAUGCCUCCUUGCGGUUUUGAUGAAAUGUCACCUAUUGAGCCAUCGGUAUGUAUAUUGUUGGAUUGUCUUUGCUUUUCUAAUGAUUACAAGAAAACUGAUUUUGUUAUAUGGAAGAUGGAAGAAUUUGGAGUUGAAGAGUCUUGGAUUCAACUUAUUAAAAUUAGCUAUCAAAAUCUUCGGAGUAUACAUCGUGGCUUUGUUGACUUGGAACUUUCUAAAUGGUUGCCAUUGCACCUUUCUGAUCAUGGUGAUACACUAAUAUUGGCUAAAAUGCUUCAUGAUCCAGAUCUACCGAUGUCGGUUGAAAAGGAAGAGCGGCAAGCAAUUCUAUAUAACUUGAGAGAUAAUAUAGCGGUGCAAACUAGAAUUACCGAUAAGAUAAAAUGGUUCUUUGUCAAGGCUUAUGUUGAAAGCUUGGUUUCUCCGACAUUUUGA